AUGAUGGACGGUGCUUUCGCCCCCGAGAGGGAUGUGAGGAUCCUUCAGUUUGGGAUCCUCGGCCCUGAUGAAAUUGUAAGGGUGCCUUGGGACCUUUUUCUGUUUUAAAAAUAAUCUAUCGGAUAGAAGGUAUUAGUAAAAAACGGGACGUAACAAGAUAGUUAUGUGUGGUCUGGUUAUUAUAAUAACCAGACCACACAUAACUGUCUUGUUACUAUAGUUCGUUAGCGCUAGUUCGAUUGCUUAAAUCUGGGAAGCCCAGAGACAACAUAGAGCCGGAAUCUUCUGAUCUCUUCACCUGAGUCGUUUUAUGUGACCAUGUCAGCGUUAACUGUGAUAUGCCCUCCAAUUACUGAUCUUACCUGUGCUUUCGAAGUAAUCAGAUGUCCGUACUGCAAAUGCUACCGUGCCAGUACACGCCAUAGCUUUUUGCAUAGCAACCUUUCCGUUAGGUUUCAUACGACUGGAAAAACCGCCACGAAGGCAACACCUAGCCGUUUUGGGUGACUUUAAUCUCCUGAAGGAUACCGAUGAUGACAAGUUUCCCAAAUCCUCCUUACGUUAUGGCAGCGUGUUUCGGGCCUGUCUAGGAAGCAAGAGGGCGUGGCAUCGAUCGAAAGAAUGUCGACUUCGACAUCGGUCUGGUUGGCGCCUUUGGUUUUUUGUCUGUAUAUUGCACUUCUGACUUGUUUUGGUGAUCGAGACGAUUGAUCUGUUGGUACUUAGUUGCCAUCACAGGGCGUUUUGGGGAUAUCAAUUACGCAAGGCACAGCUCAGACCGAUGCGGCUGAGAAGUGGGACCCAAUAAUCAGGACAUACGCGUUGCCGGAUUUGCCACCAUCGUUAUAGGCAAAGCUGUUUGUUACAAGCAACCAGUUCGGAUUGGCGACUUCGCCUAAUCUUCACAGGCAUAAAAGAACCCAUGUUUUGUCGCCUUGUUUACCCCCACAAGCAACGCCCCCUGUCAGGUCGAUGGAGACCCCUGUCCGCUGCAGAAGCAGAAUUGGAGUAAUGCCCUGCUUGGUUAGGAGAUUCAUAAGUCGGUCGACCAUAGGAACUGUCGGAUAUCAGACCUGCUCGUUUUUGUGUCACCUCCCUAUUGAUGUGAAGUUCAAACUAUAUAAACUACGUUAAACGCGGCGAACUGCCGACCUUCAGUAGCCAACCUCCUAUUUCGUUGAUUAUGCACGGUCUUGCCUAAACCUCGGCACCUACAUUCGCGACUGUACAGUUCCAUCCGUAUUCAGAACUACUGGAGUUUUUGAUGCCAUUUUUACACACUUGUCUCACCGGAAACAUGGAAGGUAUCCGGAUUAACGUGCUACUGAACGCUGAGACAGUCAUCUAACUUUUAAGGUUCUUAUUGGCUCCUGGGCACCGCCGUCUAAGGGAUAAGUAGGCCAUGUAACGAGCGCUAGCUAUCGCGGACUGAGCCGUUUGUUAAAAUGAAUAUUCCAGGCUUUAACUGUUAAACUCCUUACUUGGUCAUAAUACACUGAGAGAAUAAUCACCUCCCACGUUCGCCUCUUGUUCAAAAUAAACAUGACUGACCUUGCUUGGUAGCAAGUUGUUUCAUCUGAAAUUCAGGUAGAAAGCAGCGUUGUAAAGCAUGUUAAGCUAGUUGGUUUUCAGAAAAUUUUUGAUUUUGGUGACCAUUGGUACUCUGUUACUCGCAAAUUCCUUGAACCAUUUCAAUUUUAGAAACAAAUGUCUGUGGCCCCAGAUGGUGGGAUUAAGUACGCUGAAACAAUGGAAGGCGGAAAGCCCAAGCUUGGUGGUCUUAUGGAUCCAAGACAAGGGUGUGUAAGCCGGACAAGCAUCUGUCAGACGUGCAGCGGCAACGCAGCAUCUUGCCCAGGUCAUUUUGCACACGUAGAGCUGGCAAAACCCGUCUUUCAUGUCGGCUUUCUCAAAAAGACACUCAAGAUCCUCCGUUGUGUUUGCUUCCAUUGUUCCAAGUUGUUGGUGAAUCCGCAGUCCGAGAAAAUUGCUGACAUACUGAGGAAAACAAAGAACGAUCCUCGGCGACGUCUAGCCUUCAUGUACGAUGAAUGCAAGUCACGGACUACUUGCUUGUCCCCAGAAGAUACGGGCAACGGUGAACGAGAACUAACUCUUGAAAGCAAGGUAAUCCCACAUCGGCUAAAGUAGCCUUAUGAAUUCUUUCGACGUCACUUUUCGUCUAAGGGCUAGUAAAUGUUGGAUGAAAAAUGCCUUGAAGCUCACGCAAACGAAAAAUGCACAUUAAUUUUUUAUCUCCUACUAUGAAAGAGACACUUCAUACGCUAGUUAGGUCUGUGUUAGCCGCAGUUCACUCCUUCACAAUGGCCUUUUACGGUUUCCUUAAAAGUCAGUCUUUUUUCCAUGUCCCCUAGAUUAAUUUAAUGCAUGUUUUUCUCAUCACGACUCCUGAAACUGAUAAUUUCUCAUAUGUACAUCCAUAUGCCUUGUUUGUAGACCACAAGAACUGGUUGUGGGCGAUUUCAACCUCAUUUUCGUCGAGCUGGCUUAGAAUUAACAGCCGAAUGGAAACGCGUUAACGAAGAGUCACAAGAGAAGAAGAUAAAUCUUUCGGCUGAACGUGUUUUGGAGGUAUUCAAACGCAUCUCAGACGAAGAUUGUGAGGCUCUCGGUCUAAGUCCUAAGUAUGCGCGUCCGGACUGGAUGAUAUGCACCGUGCUUCCCGUUCCGCCCCUGGCUGUUCGUCCUGCCAUCGUCAUGUAUGGUACAGCCCGCAACCAAGAUGACUUGACACACAAGCUUGCGGACAUUAUCAAGGCAAACAAUCAACUCCGUCGGGAUGAACAGAAUGGAGCCGCAGCACACAUAAUUACUGAGGAUGUACGAAUGCUUCAGUAUCAUGUGGCGACACUGAUUGAUAAUGAUAUUCCUGGGCUCCCUAGGGCAAUUCAAAAGUCAGGUCGUCCGUUGAAAUCCAUCAAGCAGCGUCUGAAGGGCAAAACCGGUCGUAUACGUGGAAAUUUAAUGGGCAAACGUGUGGACUUUUCUGCCCGUACGGUCAUCACAGCUGAUCCGAAUCUCGGCCUGGACCAGGUAGGUGUUCCGCGAACAAUUGCUCAGAAUCUUACUUACCCCGAACGAGUGACGCAGGCCAACAUCGACUUUCUACAGAAACUUGUACAGAAUGGUACUAUGUAUCCGGGGGCCAAAUUCAUUGUCCGAGAAAAUGGUGAUAGGAUUGACCUCCGCUAUCAUCCAAAAGUCGCAGAUUUGACUCUCCAAGUUGGCUACACCGUUGAAAGGCACAUGCUAAACGACGACUUUGUGGUUUUUAAUCGGCAGCCGACUCUCCACAAAAUGUCUAUGAUGUGUCACCGUGUCCGAGUAUUGCCCUGGUCGACCUUUCGCUUAAACCUGUCUGUUACAACGCCAUACAACGCAGAUUUCGACGGCGAUGAAAUGAAUCUCCAUCUCCCCCAAUCGGUCGAGACAAAAGCUGAGAUCAGCCAGCUUGCUAGGGUGUCCCGUCUAGUCAUUACUCCUCAAGCAAACAAACCAGUCAUGAGUAUUGUGCAGGACACCUUGACUGCUGCCUAUAAAAUGACCCAACGGGAUGUCUUUAUUGAUCGAGCUAACAUGAUGAAUUUGCUCAUGUACCUGCCCACAUGGAAUGGAAGAAUGCCGAGACCCGCCAUCUAUAAACCACAACGCCUGUGGACUGGCAAACAGUUAUUUAGCCUCAUUAUACCUGGUAGGAUAAACUGCAUCCGCACACACAGCAUGCACCCAGAGGAUGAAGACCGUGGCCCUUAUCGAUGGUUAUCCCCUGGCGACACGAAGGUACUAAUUGACGAUGGUGACCUCGUUUGCGGCAUCUUAUGCAAAAAGACGCUGGGUUCGGCAUCGGGCUCACUUAUUCACCUUGUGGCACUCGAGCACAACUACGAACAGGUUGGCAUGUUCUUCAAUAAUAUCCAGACCGUCAUCAACAACUGGUUGCUUCUUGAAGGCCACACAAUCGGUAUCGCCGAUACUCUUUACGACCAAGCUACACGAAAGCAAAUUGGUGAAACCAUCACAAAGGCGAAGGACGCUGUGUUCGAAAUAAUUGACCAAGCCCAUAAUUAUGACCUCCAGCCAACUCCUGGCAAUACUCUACGUCAGACAUUCGAGAACAGCGUCAAUAAAAUUCUUAACGACGCUCGUGAUAAAACAGGAAGUUGCGCUCAGCGUUCCCUGUCAAAGUAUAACAACUUCAACAUUAUGGUCGUCGCUGGCUCCAAGGGCUCACGAAUUAACAUUUCACAGGUCAUCGCCUGUGUCGGUCAACAAAACGUUGAAGGCAAGCGAAUUCCUUUUGGUUUCCGCCAUCGAACUCUGCCACAUUUCAUCCAAGACGAUUAUGGUCCUGAAUCCAGGGGAUUUGUUGAAAAUUCUUAUCUUGCGGGGUUGACCCCUACUGAAUUUUUUUUCCACGCCAUGGGCGGUCGUGAAGGCCUCAUUGAUACUGCUGUGAAAACAGCCGAAACCGGUUACAUCCAGCGUCGGCUAAUUAAAGCUAUGGAAUCGGUCAUGGUUAAGUACGAUGGCACUGUUCGAAACCAGAUUAAUCAGCUUAUUCAGCUACGUUAUGGCGAAGAUGGUCUGGAUGCAGCCCAUGUAGAAUUCCAGCGACUUCCGUCUUUCAAGCCAUCGGACGCGGCGUUUGAGCACAAUUUCCGUUUUGAUGUGAACAAUGAGCGCGCACUGCGCCGGUGCAUGCCAGACGACAUGGUUCGCAGUUUGGCGACAGAUCCCGAAACUCAAGCGGAGCUGGAUGCUGAGUGGGCUACCUUGUGUGCCGAUAGAAAAUUGCUGCGUUCUAUCAUUAAAAAACCGGAGGAUCGUGUCGUACUACCCUGCAACAUCGCACGCCUUAUUUGGAAUGCCCAGAAAUUAUUUGAAAUUGACACGCUGUCCAAGACAAAUCUACACCCUCGUCAGGUCGUGGAACAGGUUCGUGAGACAUGCAAGCGGCUUGUGGUUGUUCCAGGUGAGGACUCACUCAGCAAGGAAGCUAACACGAACGCCACCAUCCUGAUGUCGUGUUUAAUCCGCUCAACGUUAUGUGCCAAGAAGGUGAUAGAGGAACAUCGCCUCACCUACGAAGCACUAGAUUGGGUGCUCGGGGAAGUCCGCAGUCGUUUUCAGCAGGCACAGAUCCACCCUGGCGAAAUGGUCGGUGCCCUGGCCGCUCAGUCACUUGGUGAACCGGCCACACAAAUGACUCUAAACACUUUCCAUUACGCCGGUGUGUCUGCAAAGAACGUCACUCUUGGUGUUCCGCGUCUUAAGGAAAUUAUCAACGUUAGUAAGCGCCCGAAAACACCUUCAAUGACCGUUUUCCUCACAGGACAGGCUGCUAGAGAUGCAGAAAGGGCCAAAGAUGUGGUUGCACGCCUAGAACACACCACACUGCGGAAGCUGGUUAACAGCACAUCCAUUUACUAUGACCCUGAUCCAAAGAAUAGUGUCGUUAAGGAAGACAGAGAGUGGGUCUCCACUUACUAUGAACUCCCCGACUUUGAUGUUAACGCAAUCAGCCCCUGGAUGCUGCGAAUAGAAUUUGCUCGUAAGGGCAUGACGGGCAAAAAACUGACGAUGGAGCAGAUUGCAGACAAAAUUACCCGAGCUUUUGGCAACGACUUGAUCUGCCACAUCCCUGACGAUAAUCUGAAAUUGGCUAUGCGAAUCCGAAUUAUGAACAGUGACUUGGAGAAGGACCUAAAGGAGGCCGAUUCUACUGCAGAUAAAAUGGAAGACGACACGUUCCUGCGUUUUAUCGAGGCCAAUCUCCUGACAGACAUUGCUCUUCAGGGUAUCCCACAAAUAACUAAAGUUUACAUGCACUUUCCAAAGACACAGGACAAGCAGCGUGUUAUCAUUCGGGAAGAUGGCAGUUUCGAUUGUGUUGCUGAGUGGAUGUUGGAGACCGACGGAACAUGUCUCAUGAAGGUGCUUGCCGAACGAGAUGUUGACCCCGUGCGAACUGUUAGCAACGACAUCGUCGAGAUAUUUGAGGCGUUGGGAAUUGAGGCAGUUCGAAAAGCCAUAGAAGUGGAAAUGCACCACGUGAUCUCUUUUGAUGGUUCAUACGUCAACUACCGUCAUCUGGCCCUUCUUUGUGAUGUAAUGACGGUUAAGGGCCAUCUUAUGGCUAUAACUCGCCAUGGUAUUAACAGGCUAGACACUGGCGCUCUCGCACGUUGCAGUUUUGAAGAGACCGUUGAUAUUUUGAUGGAAUCUGCCAGUCACGCUGAGUUUGACCCAAUGGCUGGUGUUUCUGAGAAUGUGAUGCUAGGCCAGCUAGCCAAGAUAGGUACGGGAUGCUUCGAUCUGUUGCUCAACUCUGGCAAAUGCCAAGAGGCUCAGCCGAUUCCAAUGGCCGGCGCCAUGGGCAUGGGACUUUUCAAUGGUGGCAUUUUGGACGGCUCAGGUGCAGCGUGGGCGACGCCCAGUCUUGGUCUCUCUGUAGGUGCUGAUGGGAUUUCCAUGCUGGCCGGUGGACCUGGUGGCAGCACUCCUUGGGACAACGCAGCGUCACCUGCUGGCUCUCUCAUCGCGGGAAUGGACGCAUCACCAUACCUAGGCCGCGGUCUUGGUGGCGUCACGGCUCCGCACGAAGCAAUGUUCUCGCCUCAAAUGUACCGCCACGAUCUCUCCUACUCUCCAGGUCGUAGUCCCCAACUGGACAGCCCCCGAACUCCUGAUAUUCCUUUCUCACCAGCAAUUAUGUCGGGCUUUGCGAGUCCCAUGUCGCUGACCGGUACGCCGCAAACGGACCUUGGAUCACCUGGCUCAAGCCCGGGACAUUCAGGCAGCGCCGGAAGCAGUUCCUUUGGCUACGCCAGUCACAUGAGUCUGGGUGCUGAUGCAAGUUAUUCUCCACUUUCAAGGCCAACUUACGGCGGUACCGGCAGUUCGUCCAGUCUAAGUUUGGGAGCUGAUAGUAGCUCGCCUAGCUACUCACAGCAGCAGUCUUACUCACCCACUUCCGUUGGUUACCUUCAACGUUCGCCGCAGCGGAGCAUAUCUGGCUUUGGUUUUGGGUCUUCUGUAUCACCCACAGGUGCUUCUCCUGACAGUUUGGAUUCCUACAGUCCCGGCAGCCCCGCUUUACCGGGUUCUGGAUUAAGUUCAUCCGGUCGGGGCCCAUCAAGUUGGAUCGCACCUGGUUCAGACACUCCCAGCGGCUUCUCACCCAGCAUCGAUUCAGGCUCAUCGUUAAGUAAUCUAAUGCCCAACUUUAAUCCAUACAGCCAUCCCAGUCCUCCACCCAUGUACUAUGCAUCUCCAUCUGCACCACGCUAUAGUCCACAGCCGUCAUUUGGAGGCUCUUCCAUGUUGUCCUACUCACCUCAUCUUGGUACUCCCAGUUCACCUAGUGGUGCUGGGACCACUACCGGAAUCACGGGCCCGAGCCACUCGCCGUUAUCCUAUCCAGCCACACCGAAUUACCCAUUGUCCUCUCACGGUGGCGCCAUGGGAACCGGGACUGGUUCAAGCAUAAGUGGUCUUGGUCUCUCUGGUACUGGGUAUGGAACGUCAUAUUGCCCGUCGGCUUUCAGCCCUUCCAGUUUUCAGAGUUCGUCUUCACAAUACCUAAUGACCUCUCGACGCCCUGUUUCACCUUCACCAAGCCCUCGAGAAUACUCUCCGGCCCCUUCUUCGGACACUCGCCGUCAGUAG